CUUCAUGCAUUUGCAUAAUUAUGAAUAGGAUAUCGAAACGAAGCAGCUGUAACAUUGUUAAACUGUAACAAUUUUUUUCGUUACAGUUUCCUGGAACGCAGAAGACAUUGUUUGCACAGCGUCGUUUGUUGAUACAACAACUCGUGACACUGGAGAAAGAUUAGUGACUGAUAAACUUCUGAUAAACUUCUUAAAUGUAUCGACGUGUAUGAUUUUGUGCGGCUCGCUAACGGAAACCGUUGAAAUGUGUGCGUAGGUUGCAGGUAAAGAGCUACAACGUGACAUAGUUAAUGUAGGCUACAUUGUGUCCAUGGCGCGAAGAUAAGUAGGGUGCGCAAAAUGGAUUAGGAUUUAGUGCUGCUGGGACAGAAUGGACCGCUGGACACAUUCAUUUGACCUUGAUUCUUUUUUUUUUAUCUGGGUGUUAAUGAUAAUCCAUUUUUAACAUCACGUUUAUGGAGAAGUCAUAUUUCAAUAAACUUUGACCAAGGAAGUCAAUCGCUGGAUGACAGAAAACGACCGUUGAAAUUUGACUUGGCUAGUAAAAUUUGGUCAACCCUGUUAAACAUUUCGAAAUAAAGUUGAUUCAAGCAAAAUAGGGGAACUUUUACAUUGCACAAAGUUAUUAUCAGAAGCCAGUUCAUGGUGAAUUUGGUGGAUCUGGUUUGGUAAUGCACCAUGAUGCUGUUGUAGCCUACGGGGUAUGAACAUAUCUCGUGAAGGAGGAAGGGAGACACGAUGGCACUUUCCCGGCGAAGGAAUCGGUGGAAGUUGAUAGUUUGCCUUUUUGCGGCGUCUAUAGUGGGAUAUUUUAUUUUAAACAGGCAUAAUAAUCACGGUGACAUAGCUGGAACACGUCGAAGAGAGGUUCCCACUGAGCAAGAUAUUGCAAAUGAAAUGCUUAAAAAGCCUGUUUAUGACAAACCGACGUUGGAUUUAAAUGCCUUGGGAGAAAUGGGCAGAGCUGUCAAAUUAAACCUCGUUGGAGAGGAGAAGAGAAAAGAAGAGGAAAGUAUUAAUAAACACCAGAUUAAUACCUAUGUGAGUGAUCUGGUAUCUCUCCACCGCAGUCUACCCGAACGUUGGAAUCCUCUUUGUAAGGACCAGAAGUAUGACUAUAGGUCAUUGCCAUCCACUUCAGUGGUGAUCGCCUUCUACAACGAGGCCUGGUCCACACUGCUACGUACUGUCCACAGUGUCCUGGAGACCUCACCCGACAGACUGCUACGAGAGGUGGUGCUGGUGGACGACUAUAGUGACAGAGCUCAUUUGAAGGAGCCGUUAGAAAACUACAUCUCCAGCUUGAAGAAGGUGCAUCUGAUCCGGGCCAGGAAGAGGGAGGGCCUGGUGCGGGCCAGGCUCUUGGGGGCCUCCAUCGCCACGGGCGAUGUGCUGACCUUUCUCGACUGCCACUGUGAAUGCCACAAGGGCUGGCUGGAGCCCCUGCUCGAGAGGAUUAAGGAGGAACCGUCCGCUGUGGUGUGUCCCGUCAUUGAUGUCAUCGACUGGAACACCUUCCAGUAUCUAGGCAACCCCGGGGAACCCCAGAUCGGAGGGUUUGAUUGGCGGCUGGUCUUCACCUGGCACUCGGUGCCAGAGUAUGAGCAGAAACGCAGGCGCUCUGCCAUCGAUGUCAUCAGGUCUGUGGUACCCUACAUUAGAAACAGGCGCUCUGCCAUCGAUGUCAUCAGGUCUGUGGUUCCCUACAUUAGAAACAGGCGCUAUGUCAUCAGGUCUGUGGUACCCUACAUUAGAAACAGGCGCUCUGCCAUCGAUGUCAUCAGGUCUGUGGUACCCUACAUUAGAAACAGGCGCUCUGCCAUCGAUGUCAUCAGGUCUCCUACUAUGGCUGGUGGGCUGUUUGCUGUCAGUAAGAACUAUUUCCAUUACCUGGGCACGUAUGACACAGGCAUGGAGGUGUGGGGAGGAGAGAACCUAGAGUUCUCAUUUAGGAUCUGGCAGUGCGGGGGCAGCCUGGAGAUCCACCCCUGCUCCCACGUGGGCCAUGUCUUCCCCAAGAAGGCCCCCUAUUCGCGGAGUAAGGCCCUGGCCAACAGCGUGCGUGCUGCUGAGGUCUGGAUGGACGACUACAAGGAGUUGUACUACCACCGUAACCCGCACGCUCGCCUGGAAGCCUUUGGGGACGUGACAGACAGGAGGAGGCUCAGGACCCAGCUGGGAUGUAAGGACUUCAAGUGGUACCUGGAGAACAUCUAUCCUGAUAUCCACGUCCCUGAGGACAGGCCUGGGAUGUUUGGAAUGCUGAAGAACAGAGGCAUGUCCAGCUACUGCUUUGACUACAACCCUCCUGACGACCAUAACCUGGUGGGCCACCGGAUCAUCCUCUACCCCUGUCAUGGCAUGGGACAAAACCAGUUUUUUGAGUACUCCAAUGAGAGUAGGGAGAUCCGCUAUAACACCAGGGAGCCAGCAGGGUGCGCUGUGGGGGACGCUGUCUCCAACUACCUGACCGUGCACCUGUGCAGGAAACCCCGGCAGACUGUACCACAGGACCAGAAGUUUGUCCUCAGAGAGGACGACACCCUCUACCAUUUGAUGACGCAGAAGUGCGUCCAGGCCGUGGACAAGACUGACAACGGCACCCCUGCCCCUGCCCUGCGGCCUUGCUCAGACCACGCCAACCAGAAGUGGUUUUUUGAGGAGAGGGGGGCGUAGUGGAGCGGGCCAGCCGAAAUCCCUAUCCCUGGGGUAGAGGGUCAACCAAACUCUUACCCCUGGGAUAGAGGGUGAGGGUUGGAGGGCCCCCAAGACCAAUACUCAGGUCCAGCGCCCUUAUGCCGUGGAGAUGACCUGGGUCGUAGUCACUAGAUACAAAACAGAAGAAAAUGGUCCAAAACGGCGAGGUUCUAAUCAUUUGUUUUCUGUUGCACAUUGUUUGUAAAUGUUGUGCUCUAAUGAAUAUGACCCUGGUCAGGCGAAACCGUUCUCACCUCCUGUAUCUAUGCACAACCGUGUGCUUGCUGGACAACGUCAACAUUGACGUUUUCGCACAUUUGAUAUUAACUCAUACCACAUCUACUUCCCAAAUCUUUUUUUGUCGAUAUUUGUUGUGAAAACCUGGGAGACGAAGGAUGUUGGAAUGGACUGGGAUAUUUAACACAUUUUUAUGUGUGGGAUUUAAUGACCUGUCUGUUCAUCUGACUGAAAGCCACUCCUACUUUUUAUUCUCACUUUCGUUCUUACCUCUCUCUUUCUCUGGAACACAGGACCACUUAGCAGCUGGUAGUGGAUGUUUUUGGCAUUGCAGUGAUCAUGACAGACUCUUAUGUACUUGCGCAUUACAUUAUAGCUGGAAAUCUCAGACUCAACCUCUAGACGGAGCCAAAGCUUCCAUCUUGUGUGCUGAUCUUUUUCACUCCAUCCAGCAUGUUCUCAGCUCAGUGACGUGAGUGGUUAAUUGUUCAGGUAUUUUUGGGAGCCUAGUAUUUUGUUUUAUACAUAUUUUAUUUUUUAAAUACGUGCUUACUACUUCAACCAGUCCCUCCAAGAUUUAUUUWAAUUUUUUGUGAUAUUUUCGGGCAAAAUAAUCUUGCAUGGCAGUAUGCAACAAUUGUGUUCAAUUUGUCGCGAAAGUGCGCUGACGAGAGAAACAUUUGUUGCGGUGUAGCUUGAUUGAACCAUAUUAUGCUGUGAUUGGUUAAUUUGCGCCCCCUCUUUUUGUACUGCGGUGAUGGAUUUGUUUUAUGCGGUAAAAUUGCAAUGAUUUGACUUUUUUUAUGCAGAAAUUAGUGUGGUGAUUGGUCAAAUUUGCAAGCCCUCGCAAAAUAUGUGAUGAAAUUUUUGAUUGCACACAAAACAAUUGCGAUGACAGAAUCGUGGAGGGGCUUUAUAACUUUCGAUUGGCUCCGCUUCUAGGCUUAAGACAACACACAGUACCUCUUUAGCCACACGAUUACUGGUAGUAGGAGAAAUUCCACUCCGGUCUUUAGUUGUGUUCAUGAAUCACAAUUAUGAAUUUGGAUAACUCACGGUAAGCAAUUUAAACAUUUCUGAAAGAAGGAAUACUUGUGGUUUUUCAUUGUUUUUUGGUCUAACAUGCAUCUUGUCAAUGCAGUUGACUCCUAGUGAGAUUGUUAUUUUCCUAAUAGAGUGAAGCUACUAAGACUUAACGUAGCUAUAUUGGGUGUGUUAAUUAUAUUAUAAUUCUUGUUUAUUUUAAAUGAUAUAUUUACUCAAUGUUUAUUUACUUACUUAUUGAUCAUCGUUGAUGUCAGCGUGGAUUUAUUAAUUCAGCACUAAGUUAAAUGAGCCACUUGACUUUAUGUAUUGCAACUGCAAUAACAAAUGGGGAAAACAAUUGUUGACAAUAAAUGUUCCUUAAGGCCAUCAUUUGGGCCAUUUUACCCAGAAGUGCCUUACCUGAUGCAAAAAGAGAUAUGGAAAGAUACGCWUGGAAUUCUAAAACAAAUCCACAUUUUUAUUAAAAGAGAUUAAGGACAAAUCUCAAAUGAUACCUACCUUAUCCCUAUAUAGUGUACUAUAGUGCAGGGGUACUCGCCUACUAUUUGAGAAGGUCCGGUCACAUACAUUUCCUCUGUGGCAAUGGUCCGGAUGGAUAUUGUAAUUUGUCGUAGUAACAAACCCCAACGUUGCGACCCCCAAGCUGUUCAAACUGUUUACACCCCUCUUUUUGCCAGAUAUAAAAAAUAAAGUUGCUGUUUUUUAAAACAAAUUUCCUGCAAUUCUACACAUGUUGACAUGUCUUAUGUGUGUUCAUAUGAUACCUGAGUGGCUCAACAAAAUCACCCGGGGUUCCCUUGGGAUGGAGGCCCCUGGGCAUGUAAUCUGGCCACGAUAACUACAAGAUGUAGGUAGCUGGUUAGCCUAACUUUCCUAUCUAGUUGACAUGCGCUAGUGGUAAUUAACUGGACAUUUUUCUGACCGGUUAUAAAUAGCUCUCUAAGGUCUGUCAGUGGAGGAAGGAAAACUGUCCAUACACAACCAAAUUUCCAGAAAUUGCCUUGUGCAUUU